GAGGUUGAGGAGGCAGUGAGCUAUGAUUGCACCACUGCACUCCAGCCUGAGUGACAGAGCAAGACCCUAUCUCAAACAACAAAACCCAGAAGACUGAAAAGUUACAACAUGAAAGGGGACAUCAAGUGAAGGGAAAUAUCAUGGUAGGAAAGAAAGAUGAAGCCAGCAGUCUCCACUCACUGAGCUAAAAGACCUGGAAUACUGGGCAGAGGUGGUUCUGAGCUCCCUGAUGGCUGAGGAGAGGAGUGAAAGUGGACCCCAGUCCCUGAUCCAGCAUGGAAGGAUGAAAGCACAGCCAUUGUCUUGGAGGCACUUUCUGGUUGUCGUGAUGGAUGGGCUCCCUGGAGGGUGUGCCUCCUCCCCUUUCAGGAUUUAGCUCUUCUACUUCCGCUGAGCUGGGGUGGGUACAUUGUGCAUUGACAGUUCCUAGAUCCCAUGUGUUCUAGAACCCUCUCUCCUAAGGAAGAACGUUUUUUUUUUUGUUUGUUUGUUUGUUUUUUUUUUCUGUUUUCUGUUUUUAAAAUCCAUCUCAGCCUCCUGACAAGCAAUAAGAUUUGGAAUAUUUGUUGAGAUGAAUAAAUGAACUCUUUAGUCAGUGCAGAGAUAUCUGUACAUUCUGGCCAUUUCUUGAGCACUGUCAUGUGCAGGUCAGAGACCUGGGAGCCCCCACACAGCGGGAGGAGAGCAGAGGCAGAGGAUGGGGGACUGGGCUAACCCAGGCUUUCCAAGCUGUGAUGGGGCAGGAGCUUCUCCACUAGCUCCAGCGAAGGGGAACUUGGGCUUUGGGAAUCUGUUUUGCAGGUUGCACCCCUUCGAGGGGAGCUACUACGGGUUGCAGCUCAUGCAGAAAACAUGGCCUUAGUGAUGGAGGUGCUCCAGCCCUGCUGGGACAGGGGUCUGGGGCUAAGCGGCUGUGACUCGGUGUGCUCUCCGCACCCUGUCUCCACUUGUGCUCGAGGACGGCCGUUUGAAUAUUGUCUAGUGUGGGCCAUUUACCCCAUGGGCAGGAGGAAGGUAGGAGGGACCUCAGAGGAGACUUCAAGGGCCCUUCACUGCCCUUCUAACCUUGCGGAUUCCCCUCUCGGGCCUGUUUCUUCUCUCAGCCGGGGAUGCCAGGCCGAGGCCGUAGGUUCGAGAAUCACGUAGGUAAUAGCUUAGUAAAGGACCUGGCACAUAGUAGGCUCUCAAAAAAAGGUCAGAGCCUCUUGAGGUGUCUGCCUGUGAUGGAUGCGGAGCCCAAACCCAGCGCAGUGCGGCGAUUUGCCCAAGGUCACACAGCCGCCCCCCCCCAUUCGGACCCCGAGCAGCCUGUCUCCGGGGGCCGGGGUUUGUCGGGAGCCAGCGUGGGGUGAGCAGUGUUUGGAGGAGCGGCUGCGGCCGUGGGUAGGAAGGGGCUUCUAUUUUGGAGCGGGUGAGAGGAGCGGGACAAGCGGAGGGUUCCUGUUCGGUGACUAUCCCGAGCGCCACCGGCCCACGGACGGGCCGCGCCUCUACCGACCCGCGGUGCUGCUCGACGGCGCCGUCUACGACUUGAGCAUCCGCGACGGCGAUGUCGCUGACCCCGGCUCGAGCCCCGGGGGUUCGGAGGAGUGGCCAGACCCUAAGGACUGGAGCUUGCAGGACACGGACGCCUUCGUGCUCGUCUACGACAUCUGCAGCCCGGACAGUUUCGACUACGUGAAGGCCCUGCGGCAGCGCAUCGCGGAGACCAGGCCGGCGGGCGCGCCCGAAGCGCCCAUCCUCGUGGUAGGCAACAAGCGGGACCGGCAGCGGCUGCGCUUCGGACCGCGGCGCGCGCUGGCCGCCCUGGUGCGCAGGGGCUGGCGCUGCGGCUACCUCGAGUGCUCGGCCAAGUACAACUGGCACGUGCUGCGUCUCUUCCGCGAGCUGCUGCGCUGCGCUCUGGUGCGCGCGCGCCCUGCACACCCGGCUCUGCGCCUGCAGGGGGCGCUGCAUCCGGCACGCUGCAGCCUCAUGUGACCUGAUUGGACCAUGCCAUCCAUGGGCCCCACCUUGUGACUGGGCACAAUCAGGGAGCUGGAUUGGACAGGAUAGCCAACUUCACUCGGACAGGCAAUCUCCGCCCUGAUUGGAUGAGGAAAGCUCCGAUCCAGUCUCCUAAGCGACCGGCCCCUUUUUGAACCUCAUUGGACCCAACCAGGUCCCAGGCUCCUUUGGAGAUGAUCAGUCCUUUCUGGGGUCACAAUCCCAUUAGAUGGAAAGGACUUGGCUAUGAAUUUGACUGGAAACACGCAGCCUGCUCCUAGAGCUUCACUGGACGUAUUAUUUAUGCCACACCUAUGGUGGGAUAAUAAAAGGGAAAAUAAUUCGA